ACAGCCAUGGAGCGGCUAGGCGGCGCUGUGAGCGGCCUGGGCAGAGAGCCCCUUAAAGCUGUUGUUCGCUGCACCGGAUCCCGGGAACCCGCCCCGAACGCACGCUGUAGGUAGGUGAAGGCGCAUCCCGACCUGCAGGGAGGGUAGAGGGAGAGGCCGGCCUUCUGCAUGUUCCCGGCUGCGACUGCCUGUGGGUGUGGCCUCAUCUGCCACGCCCACUGACACGCCCCCGGGCCACUCUCCGGGCGGGGGUCCCCUCCCCUCCCUCUCCGGCCCUGGACUCAGCUUGGCGCGCUCCCCCCUGGGUGCCAUGGCCUCGCGGCUCCUGCACCGGCUGCGACACGCCCUGGCUAGCGAUGGCCCCGGGGAGGCGGCGGCAGGCCCCGAGGCCGAGCAGUUCCCUGAAAGCUCCGAGCUGGAGGACGACGACGCCGAGGGCCUGUCCUCCCGCCUCAGCGGCACUCUCAGCUUCACCAGUGCAGAUGAUGACCCGGACGACGAAGACGAGGACGACGAGGCGGGCCCGGACUCGCUGCCCUCCGGAGACGGGACAUCGGGAGAAGACGCAGAACGAAGUCCCCCACCUGAUGGACAACGGGGCAGUCAGCUCCUGACUCGGCAGCUGCAGGAUUUCUGGAAGAAGUCUCGGAACACCCUAGUUCCACAGCGGCUGCUCUUUGAGGUGACCAGCGCCAAUGUUGUCAAGGACCCUCCCUCCAAGUACGUGCUCUACACCAUCGCCGUGAUGGGUCCAGGGCCACCAGAUCACCAGCCAGCCCAGAUCUCCCGCCGCUACUCGGACUUCGAGCGGCUGCACAGAAACCUGCAGCGGCAAUUCCGGGGACCCAUGGCUGCCAUCUCCUUCCCCCGUAAGCGCCUGCGGCGGAACUUUACUGCAGAAACCAUUGCCCGCCGUAGCCGGGCCUUUGAACAGUUUUUGGGUCACCUGCAGGCAGUACCGGAGCUACGCAAUGCUCCAGACCUACACGACUUCUUCGUGCUGCCGGAGCUGCGGCGUGCACAGAGCCUCACCUGCACUGGCCUUUAUCGCGAGGCUCUGGCACUUUGGGCCAACGCCUGGCAGCUGCAGACCCAGUUGGGCACCCCUUACGGCCCAGACCGCCCCCUGCUGACUCUGGCUGGGCUGGCUGUGUGCCAUCAGGAGCUGGAGGAUCCUGGGGAAGCGCGAGCCUGUAGUGAGAAGGCACUGCAGCUGCUGGGGGACAAGAGACCCCAUCCUUUCCUGGCACCCUUUCUAGAGGCCCAUGUGCGGCUCUCCUGGCGCCUGGGCCUAGACAAACGGCAGACGGAGGCCCAGCUUCAGUCCCUACAAGAGGCAGGCCUCACCCCCAUCCCACCCCCCAGCCUCAAGGAGCUGCUUAUCAAAGAGGUGCUGGCCUAACUUCCACCUGUCUCAAGGCCACUUCUGGGAGAGGGGCUGCCCCAGGUCAGGGGGCUGGAGGCCAUAGAGGACACAGUGAGCAACCAGGGGCCUGGAAAGGGCUCUGGGAACCCUAAAAUAGUUCCAGAAAGAGUCUGCAGCAGACUGCGAGGAACUUCGUAGGAGCUGGACUCCAAACAGGCUUUGCCUGGGGUUACCCUAGGAUGAUACAAGGAGGAAGUUUUGACACUGGCUCUUCAGCCCACCACAGCCAGAGAGGCUGUGGCCAAGGUCAGGAUCAAUGCUUCCUUUUCCAUGGGCCUCUGCACCAGUAAAACUGCUUGGCUGAAGGGCUGGGGACUACAACAGGAGUGUAGAGCCAGGAGGAGGGCUGUAGUUCUGCCCAGGGAAAUGAAAGGUCAGCCACUCCAGUGUUGGCAGUUUCUUUAUUAGACAUGAGGGGCGGGCAGCCCAGCUCUCCGCUGUGACUCCUGCCUCAGGAAUGGCAGUAGAAAGAGUUCUUUACAAUCCCAGGCCAAGCCAGUUAUCUUUGACUACAGCUUACUUGCUGAUACCCGAGGCUUCAAUCGGAUCACACCCUCCUGGGCACAGGUCACAGCAAGGACCCCGUCCUUACGCCACAGCCGCCCGUGCACUAGCCCCCGAGAGCCACCUGUGGGCAAGGAGAGGGUGAGAGCGGCCUCUGCUUUGCCUGAGGAAGGGAUUGACACAAGGCAGAGCUGCCCCACACCAGGGUUCAUUGGGCCAUCAGGACUACUCCAAUUACCCCUUUGUGAGCCUGUUACAGUCACUGGGGGAGGGUGGUCUAAAAGCACUUUCACACAUCUGAUCACAGAGAAAGGCACUCUGACAGUCUCCCAGGCUUGGCCAAGCAGGCUGCAGCUUCUCAGGCCACUGGUCAGAAAUCCCAUUCUUUCCUUUUAUGAUAAGCCAAGCAAGUCCUCCCAGCUGGCCAUCCACCACCAAGGGGAGGGAGUGGCUCAGAGAGGACCUGAGACCAGGAGGUAUGACCUCCCUUCCCUUUCCAUCUAGAGGUUCUUAACCUUGGUGGCUCUAGCCUGAGUUAGUUAUCCUUAGGAAGCUAACUUUGGCUUUCUUUCUCUUUCUUUCCUUUCUCUCUCUCUCUGUCUCUCUCUCUCUCUUUCUUUCUUUCUUUCUUGAGAGAGGGUUUCUCUGUAUUGUUGUUUUUGGAAGCUGUCCUGGAACUAGCUCUAUAGACCAGGCUGGCCUCGAACUCACAGAGAUCCACCUGCCUCUGCCUCCCGAGUGCUGGGAUUAAAGGCGUGCGCCACCAACGCCCAGCUAACUUUGGCUUUCUUUACACACAGCAGAGCCCACUCUGAUCUAACUAGCCAGAGAGUGCGGGCUUCGUUUCUUAUACUGUUUUACAGACAAUGACACUAAAAUUCAAAGAGGCUCAGGCUUGGCCCCAAGAAUCAGGCCAAAACUGAUUGUGUCCUAACUAACUUUAAGGUCGUGAGUCUUGUCCUGUGAUGCUGGUGGUAUCUGAGUAACCGUUUCCUGACUGUAAGGGGUUACUUAAGUUUUGUUCAUUUUAUAAAGCAAAGCUUUUCUUCC